GUCCCUGUGCUUCGAGCCCCCGCAGGCCCGCGGCGGCGGCGAGAACCGCGUCGCGCCGCGGCCCCUCACGGAGCAGAGCGCCCUGCAGGACGACGAGAUUUGGAAUGCUUUAACUGAUAAUUAUGGUAAUGUAAUGCCAGUUGACUGGAAAUCUUCCCACACCAGGGCUUUGCACUUGCCAACACUGAAUCUUUCAGAAAAAGGGGUAAAUGACAACUUGAAUCUUGACCUGUCAGAUGAUGAGGAGCUGAGAGAGCAGCUGGAUAUGCAUUCCAUCAUCGUUUCCUGCAUCAACGAGGAGCCGCUAUUCACAGCAGAGCAGGUGAUUGAAGAAAUAGAGGAGAUGAUGCAGGAAUCGCCUGAUCCAGAAGAUGAUGAAACACCCACCCAGUCAGAUCGACUUUCCAUGCUUUCCCAGGAAAUUCAGACACUCAAGAGAUCUAGUACAAACAACAGUUAUGAAGAAAGAGUAAAGAGAUUGUCUGUUGCUGAGUUAAAUGAACUGCUUGAAGAAAUUGAGACUGCCAUUAAGGAUUAUUCUGAGGAACUGGUACAGCAGUUGGCAUUACGAGAUGAGUUGGAGUUUGAGAAGGAAGUGAAAAACAGCUUUAUCUCUGUCCUCAUUGAGGUACAGAAUAAACAGAGAGAGCACAAAGAAACAGCAAAGAAGAAAAAGAAGCUGAAAAAUGGUAGUCCUCAAAAUGGCAAGCAGGAAAGGGGUCAUAUGCCUGGCACGCGCUUCAGCAUGGAAGGGAUCUCAAAUGUCAUACAGAAUGGCCUCCGCCACACGUUUGGGAACGCAGGUGGAGAGAAACAGUAUUUAACAACCGUCAUUCCUUAUGAGAAGAAAAAUGGACCCCCAUCUGUUGAAGACCUUCAAACAUUAACCAAAAUCCUUCAUGCCAUGAAGGAGGAUAGUGAGAAAGUGCCAAGCUUGUUAACAGACUAUAUUUUAAAGGUGCUGUGUCCUACAUGAAGAGGGCUGCCUUUCUUCAGAAUUAGCCAUGUUCCUUCCUUUGAUGAGAAGCUUUUCUGUGGAUAUAACUCAUAGUAUCUUGUUUUCAUUUAGCACUAUGCCUAAGCCAGUCAGCAUUUACCUCCUGUAUGUGUGCGUGUGUGUGUGGAUAUUCUGAUCCUACAGUAAGUCUUCUGAGCAUGACAACUUGUUCACUUAAACUAGAUAGUGCAAUGAACUGGAGCAAAGAACAAAUACUGUACAGUUUUACUCACAUUGUUCUGGCUUUUUAAAGUCUAUUUUUACAUUGUAUAGCAUGUACUAUCCUCCUGCACAUUUUGAUGUUGGAAGGAAAAGUAAACUUUGAAUAGUGUAAAUAAAAUAAACCUAGUUUUAAGGAAUCUACAUUUAAAACCAUCAUUAGUUCCUAUAGCAAAAAUGCAAACAGGAUCAUAGURUGGCCUGUACUUAAAGAUGCAGAUGAGUUCUUUGGGAAGCACUUUGGGACAGUGUUGGUGAAAAUCAAUAUUCAGCACUUUAAAAGUAUUGAAUAUUGAAAGUAUUUAAAAGUAAUAACUUAAUUGAACUAUACAACAGUGUUGUUCAUAAACUGAACAAAUCCGGAUUCUUUCACAGUUUUUCUUAACUAAUUGGUAUGUUUUCUAUCCUUGUUAACAAAAACAAGGUAACAAGGUAAAAAAAACAAGGUAAAAUUUCUGUAUUUAUUGGUUGUGUUUUAAUUACGAAUGUUCAUGUGGAUGACAUUCUCCCAUCUUGCUGCUAUACUUCUACUGUUCUUAAUAAGUGUUUGAUCUUAAUGAAAAAGCUUCAAUGUAUAAAAAUUUUAAAGGCUAUAUCUUUUUAAAAUUUUAUGUACAGUUUAAAAGACAUGCACCAAGGUUCCAAAGGAGAAUUGUAUAGGGACUUUAGUCAUUGUGUAUCUCUAACUUUUACGACAAAUCUCUCUUGUAAAUUGUAUGCACUGUCUCUUCUGUGAUGAUGUGUCUGCAUUCAAACAGAUGAGAAUGUUUUUUUACAAAUCCUGCAAAAAUACUACAAAUCUACCCCAUGACCUCAACAUUAAAUACUUUUCACAAGUCACUUUGCCAGUCUUAAAGAAUAGAUUGCCAUAUACGRAAUACUAAUAAAAAUAAAGAAGCUAUCUUCUACGUCAGAUUCCUAUGUAUCCUAUACCCAACUGUGCAUACUGUAUAUAUAAAAAUAGUGGAAGAUAAGUUUCUAAGCAGAUAGACAUAUGUCUUUUCUUCAAGCAUUUGUUUCUUUUGGUUUUAAUUGGGAAGCAAAUUGUUUCUGAAUACUGUCAUCUUUUUUUUUUUUAAUGUUAUAGCAAAUAGUCAUUUUGACUGGUAAAACUUACGGAAUUUAAAAUUCUUCCACCUUAUACCACCUCAUCACCAACAGACCAACAGCCUUGCCAGGCUAACAAGGAAUAACAGGUUUCCUGAAUAGGUAUGCCAUAUCUGAGGAAGUUUGUUUGCUGUAUUCUGCUUUAUUAGUGGCUUAUGUAAAAAGAAAACUGUCAUUUAUUUCUUCAGCUGAGGUGUUACCAUGGCAUGCUUUUUGUAUAGAAACAYUUUCUUUUGACUGUUGGCACCUGAAAAUUGACUAGGAGGUAACCCCAUUUUAUUUUGCUUUUGGAAGAAUGCAUGUUGUGAAACUCAUUUUGUCUUCAAAGAUAUUCAGAGGUCGCUAAUCCUGUUGUUGAGGCCUGAAGUGAUUCAGGAUAGAACAGGAAAGAAGCAAAUUAAGGGGAGAAUUACAGAAGCACUUCCAGAAAACUUGUGGUAUUGUAGCAAAUGGGAUGAUUUGGAUGAAGUCACAAAAUACUAAAAAUAGUAAAAUUUCAAAGAAAACAAAACAAAAAGAUAAAUCAAAGGACCUUUAGCUAGUUAAACAUCUGUUUGAGUGUAUGUCCCUCCUCCCCUACUAAACAGUAUUUUGGAAAGUACCUGUUUAACUUGUAUAUAGAACCCUGACAUUAAACAACAGUUGCCAACGGUGGCAAAUGUAUGUAUAUAUGUAUACA